ACGAAGGUGCUGACAGUAUGUGAAAGCCUUAACUGCAUAACCAUAAAGGCUUUAGCAGGCUUUUAAUUUGAGGACAAGAAUGAAGGACAUAAUACUUGCAGUUGGAGAGGUUUAUGGAAGAAUAGCCUUAAAUGAUGCAGUGUGCAGCUUUAAUAGAAGGUGAACUGACAAGCAAAUCUUGUGAAGCUGUUUGAAUAUACCCGAUGAUCAAUCAGGGAUACUGGAUUAAUGGCAGUUUUUUCCUUUACUGCUUCCGACAUUUAGCAGGACAGGCUUCUACCUCAUUUAUACUGGGAACUGUAAACUGCUGUGACAAGCCUGAAUGUUAAAACUCACCUGUCACCCAGAGAACAACAUCCAAGAUAAUUCACUUUAGUGCUGGUGACAAUGAGUGUGUAUUCCCACUUGUGGUGAAGAGAUCUAAGGACUAUUGUCACAUUCCAAAUCCUGCAGUCAUACAGAUAGAUGACCAUGACCCUGUUUCUGCACAGCCUGAUACAUUUUCUGUCAUCAAGAACCAUUGCUCAAACAUCCCAGUGAAGGCAGCAGUGUUUAUGUCUGGGUAUUGUUAGGAGGAAAGAAGUCAUAAAAUAUUUGUCAAGCAUCCACUGGCAAAAUGAGUACAAAAGACACAAAAGUCACUGAAGGGGGGCUCAAUGUCACAUUGACUAUACGUCUUCUCAUGCAUGGAAAGGAAGUUGGAAGCAUUAUUGGAAAGAAAGGAGAGACGGUUAAGAAGAUGCGAGAAGAGAGUGGUGCCCGAAUCAACAUCUCAGAAGGAUCUUGUCCAGAAAGGAUUGUCACAAUAACAGGCCCCACAGAUGCUAUUUUUAAAGCAUUUUCAAUGAUUGCACUCAAAUUUGAAGAGGACAUAAAUGCUUCGAUGACAAACAGUACGGUGACAAGUAAGCCACCUGUAACGUUGAGACUCGUUGUUCCUGCAAGUCAAUGUGGCUCACUUAUUGGAAAAGGAGGAUCAAAAAUCAAGGAAAUCAGAGAGUCUACAGGAGCUCAGGUACAAGUAGCAGGUGAUAUGCUGCCAAACUCCACGGAACGUGCAGUCACUAUAUCAGGCACACCUGAUGCAAUUAUUCACUGUGUAAAACAGAUUUGUGUGGUGAUGCUAGAGUCGCCACCUAAAGGCGCCACUAUCCCUUAUCGUCCAAAGCCUGCCUCUGCACACAUCAUUUUUGCAGGUGGCCAGGUAAGAGCAGACACCAUUUUGGCUUCUGCAGGAAACCACGCCGUCUUGGCCCAGCCGCAGCCAGCACCUGCAUUUACAAUUCAGGGGCAGUAUGCAAUCCCUCAUCCAGACGUGAGUCAUGCACAUUUGACCAAGCUUCACCAGUUGGCUAUGCAGCAUACCCCUUUUACUCCCCUUGGGCAGACCACCCCUGGUUUCCCUGGACUGGACACCACUUCUUCGACCAGUUCCCAUGAACUCUCUAUUCCAAAUGAUCUAAUAGGCUGCAUUAUUGGCAGGCAAGGAAGUAAGAUCAAUGAAAUCAGACAGAUGUCAGGGGCACAAAUCAAGAUUGCUAAUGCCAUGGAAGGAUCAGUAGAACGGCAAAUUACAAUCACAGGUUCCCCUGCAAACAUCAGCUUAGCACAGUACCUCAUUAAUGCAAGCUUAGAGAUGGCUAAAGUCAGCACCCAGAAUGCAUCGGUCACGACUCCUGUUGACCUGAAUAUGAACCACUCUCAGGCUUCCACCCCUGCAUCCAUCCCCGCCUCUAUGGCCGUCCUGGCAGCUGCAGCAGCUUCUGCAGUAAAUGUGAACACCCCUCCCCCUUUAACAAGCACCCACUAUGCUGUUCCUGUCUCCAGUCUGCUUGGCAUGAAAACUGUCCCACUUUUGGCAUUAAAUGCCGCGGGAGCCACCGGGAGUUUCUCUGCUUAUACUACUAAAAUUCCAGCGACCAGUGGGAUUAAGAAAUCUGAGCGGCAGAAGUUUGCUCCAUAUUGAAAAGAUGAAAAUACAAGUUUACCAGGCUCUGCCAAGAUUCUGUGGUAGAUAGUUGACAAAACAAAAUAAUGUUUUCAUUUUUUUAAUUGUUAGUGUUAACCAUUUCCAGCUAAAUUUGCCUUCCAUUUCCCAUGAGUGUUAUGAAACAGAAAUAACUAAUUCCAACAGUUUCCAUUCAGUUAUGCUUAAUGUAUUUUUUUUUUAUUUUGCUAAGUUUAGUGGUAAUUCAUGUUCUCUAAUACUUCUUUAAGCUAACAUUGAUGUUAAAGAUGAAGAGUGCUGUAGAAAACAACUGAUAUGUGACACAUAAUAUUAGCAGAGAUGCACGUCUUAACUAAAUACUAUACAUUAUUAGGUAGAAUUACACACAGCUAAGGCUAUGACAAUUGCAGUGUUCUGGAUGUAACAGUAAAGUGGGUAUUUAGCUUUGAGAGCUUUAUUAUACUGGGAAAAAAUUCUAGUCAAGAACUCCAACUGAAAAUUAUAAACUAACUGAAUAAAUUUUGUAAAGGACAUAGUUCUAAGCUUACACAGUAAAAAGGGGGGUGUUAUGUAACCACUCAACUCCCAAGAGCUCGAGGACUACUUUCACAAAACCAGAGACUCAAGCAUCUUCAAGCUUGGGAAGGCUGCUGCUUGACUUGUGCUCAAACUCAAAUACAAGUUUAGGCAAGUAGCUGCCACAGUUUACCCAACCACAUUAUUCAAGUUCGAAUGAAGUAAGUGCGGCAGCCAUGAUGAAGUACUGGGGGUGGUAUGAGUUCAGUUUAGGGUAAUAGUCAGGAUGGGGGCUUUAGGUUUAGGGAACAGGAAGAGGGAUUUUAGUUGUAGGGAGCAGGAAGUGAGUUUUACAGUUAGGACACAAAAAUGGGAUUUUAGGGUUAGGGAGUAGAGGAAGGUAGUCUUAAGGUUAAGGAGCAAGAAUGGAGCAAACAGCAUACCAGUACUUGCACUAGACUCUCUUACAAGUAGCAAAAGAAACAAUUUUGAAUGCUGUGGAAUGUGAAAAUAUACUCCAUUAAGAAUGUGCUGGAAGAAAACAUUCCUAGUGGCCUCAAAUGUGGCUAUAUUAGUAAAAUGGCUCAGAGAGCAAAGUAGGUUUUGAAUUCUGCUGCUUAAUGUUUGUGAUUAGCCCUGUGCAGAAUUCCAAUUAUGUAAGUCAUUCCAGUGUCAAAGAAAUGUCAAAGCCCACGUAGGUUAUUCUUAUAGGAAAAUGCUCAAAUGACAAUAUGCACAUUCACAGUAUCAUAUAAGUGAUAUCUCACAGGUAUCACAUUGAAAUCAUGAGCAUCCAUUCAGAUUGUGAGAAUGAGGUAAACAUUAGGCUCAUAUAUAUACAGCUUUUAUCUCUGUUACAGUACUUACAGUUAAACGAUGACAUGUAGUCUCACAAGAAACAUUUGGUUGUGAUUAAUGUCAUGCCUGUGUGUGUGUGUGUGUGUGUGUGUGUGUGUGUGUGUGUGU